AUGUCGGCCUCGAAAGCAGAGCAGAGAGCACGAACCUUCGCAGUCCUCGAGUCGAGGCGCCCCCCAUCAGCACCUUUCCCCAAAAACGUGUACGGCAUCUGUCUUUCAGAAGACUGUUUGAAGCGGUUCGGCAUCAUGAUCUGCAAACGCAUGCACCCCACCUUCGACGAGACCGACGAAACCCAAGUCCUCGUCUCAAAGUUCUUCGCAAUCGACAGGAUACCCGGUCUCUGUAUCCUUGGUGUGCCCGACCUAUGGCUUUCUCGAUGGGCUUUACCAUUCGCUAGGUCGGAUGCUGGGGUUCAGCAGGUUCUCGUCCUCGCAGAUGAUGGCUCGGAGGAGAACAAGGCGCUGGCGCUGAAGAAUUCGAAGCGGGUGGUGGCUAAACUGCUCAGGUUCCUGGGCAUGGAGGAGCAGGAGCCGAGGUGGUAUCCGGUGCAGUUGGCACGCGUAAUGUGA